GCUGUGGCACCCAACGGGCACAAUCCCCCUGCACUUGUGGGUCUCAACCGCAUCACCUGCGCGGCGGGUAGCCUCGGCCGCCACAUAGAACAAAGUCUCAUGCAUCUGGCAUUCGGCUGUUCCUCCUCUGAGGAUUCUGUUGCCAGCUCCUUUGACGAGGACUGUCUGCAAAAUGGACACCGCAAUUCCGUCUGUCUUUUCAUUAUCUGUCCAGGUGGGGCUAUGUUAUGUUAA